GCGCCAUGUUUUUCUAUUAAAUAAGUUAUAGCUUCGUUCGAUCGAUGUUUUGAAUUUAUAUUGUAUUUUACAUAUUUUAAGUAUAUUAUUAAAUGUAUGUAUGUAAGAAAUAAUUAUAAUGAUUAUUAACAAACUAUGUGCAGCAUUUCGACAAAUAAGUAUAAACACAAAAAGUAACAUUAUCGUAAAAUAUUAUUCUUCAUAUUUAUUAAAAGAAUAUAAUAAUGCAAUAUCUCUUCCUAAUUUUUCUACAAAUGCUUUAAAUAUAAUAUCUCCAAAUAUUAAAUUUAUACCAAAAACGCUUAAUAUAGAUUUUGAAAAUUCAAGAAAUAAUAUUAAGAAAGAUGAAAUGCCUUUAUCUAAAUAUAUACCAUCAAUGGAAGAACCUUUAAUAAACCAAUCUAUUAAACAGGAUUUACCAUUAAUAGAUACAUCUUUCCAGCUUCCACCAACAGAAAAUAUCUUAGAAAAAUUAGCUAUACGUAUGAUAGUAAUUAGAAGAAAAAAAAUGAAAAAACACAAAAGAAGAAAACUGCGCAAAAAAAUGAAGUUUAAAUGGGCAAAAAUUAGAGCAAAUCGUAAUGUAUUGAAGGAAAAAUUAUUUCAAGCAGAAUUAGUUACUCAAAUUAAAGAGGCACACAAUUUUGAUCCUAAGAAAUAUAUUGAAGGAAGACUUGCUAUUUUGGAUAAAGAAAUAUUACCCAAAACAUAUAGAGGUGAAAUAUUAUCUCCAGAGAUGAUCAAGAAAUUUAUAGAUGAGAAAAAAGAAUAUGUAAGAAAAAAACGUAAUAAAAUACGUUUAUCAAAAAUACUUGAUUAAAUAAUAUACAUGUAUAUAACGAAUAAAUAAUUGAUAAAUAUAUAGAAAUAAAUUAUA